AUGGAGGCAUGGGGAGAAAGUAGCGGGAAUGUGGGCGGACGUGGGUAUCGGUCGGGACAGCCGACGCCGGGAUACGUGGACGAGUUGGAGGACAAAUACCUUCGGUUGAAGGAGGCCCAUUUGGCUCUCAAGGCAACGGCUCAUGCUCAGGAGGAGAAGAUUCGCAAGAUGGCGACCAAGCUCGUGCGGCUCACGUCGGAUUUGAAAAAGUAUCGUUCGUCGCAUGCUUCUGGUCGAUCUGCCCAGAGUGAGUCUGCCAAUGUCUCCUUUGCUGCUGCGAGGGGUUCGGCUGCUCGCGAUGUCGAUGCAGAGGCUCUCAUUGCCGACUUGCAGGACAACGUCCGCGAGCUCAAGCACAAGAACGAGUCGCUGGCAAAGAAGCUCAUCUACUUCCGCAACCUCAACGCGGCUCCGUCCGGUGGCGCUGGCUCGGCCCGGUCGCGGUCGCGGUACGGAUCAGUGUCGGCAAAGACAGACUCGGGCCUUGCCCGGUCGCGGUCGCGGUCGCGCAAGGCCGGUCUGGUGCCUGGCAUGCUACCUGAGGGCCCCCGGAGCCGGACGCGGUCGCGCAAGGGAGGCAUGCCGCCGCGCCCGCACUCGAACACGGCACCGUCGUCGGACAAGAUGACUGCCGUCAUCGCCUUUCUCCGCAACAAGCUCGGUGAUGCCGAGUCGGCGCUCGCCAGCCUCGAGUCGCGCAACUCGGAGCUCGAGGCCGAGCUUCAGUCGACGCGCGACACACUCGAGGCGUCGGCUAACCCGCUGCACACGGCGGCAUUGAUGCGCAAGGAGCAGGCAGACGAGAUGCAAGUUGUCCGACUCGAGGCCGUGGUCCAGUCGCUCAAGGAGCAGCUGGUGCGGUCGCAGAGCCAGGCGGCCGGCUCGGCGGCACUCCUCGAGCCGCUCAAGGCCAACCAAGCGGCGCUGAUGGCGGAGAACAAGUCGCUUCACGACCAGCUCCGUGCCGAGCGGCUGCGAGCAGGACAGCUCGACUCGCUGCAGCAGCGGAUUUCUGUCCUCGAGGGCGCGCUCUCCGAGGCUGAGGUCAUGCUCGCCGACGAGCGCGCGGCCAAGGUGGCGUACGCUGAAGAGAACUCGCGGCUGCUCUCGUCGUCGGUCUUCACCUCGCUGCAGUCGCAGGGCGAGGCGGCGAAGCUGCUUGCCGAUGCCAAGCUUGCCGCCGCGCAAGAGGCGCAGGCCUCGGCGCUCGGUGAGACAAAGGCACUGCAGGGCCAGGUCUCGGAGCUGACUGCUGCCAACGCCGAGCUGUCGUCGCAGCUGCGCAAGGCCAAGGUCGACGGGCUCAAGCGCGAGACCGAGCUCAAGGCCAUGGCGGAGCAGCUGGGCGCGUUUACGUCGUCGGGCGUCGACACUGUCGACCUGCAGCGUGCGCUCGCGCUGGUCAAGGCUAAGAAGGCCGGCGCAGGGACGCUCGGCGGCGCGUCGUCCAAGGUGCUCGACUUUCUGGCGCCGACGGCGCCGCUGGAAGACCAGGAGGAGACCAACGCCGGGCUCAUCCGCGACUUGACCAAGGCCCACGAGAUGCUCGAGCUGCAGAUGCAGCUCAACAACGAGCUGAAGGCAACCAACGGCGAGCUGCUCGCCGACAUGGCCUCGGUCCGUGCCGACUACGAGGACCAGCUCGCUACAUACGCUGCGCAAAUUGAUGCCAAGAACGCCACCAUUGCCAAGCUUGAGGACCAGCUCGCGUCGUUCCUCUACUCGGCACCGGGCAAGGUGCUCAACCGCCAACUGGAGGAGGCUGGCAGCGCGAGCCAGAACGUACCGCAGCUCCGGGACGACGAGAAUCUUCUCGAGCUCCACAUCGGGCGACUCGAUCUUGCGCAUGGGGUCACGCUCUCACCCCCGGGCGCCGACCGCGGUACCGGGCGGGUUUUUGUCGCCUUUGACGUCUACGACUUUGAGACGAUGGCGACACACCUCGCGCCGGCAGCCGCACCGGCCUUUGACUACACAGCACGGUAUGUGGUCAAGGUCACGCCGGGCCUGUUUGAGUGGCUGGCGACGGCGGCGGUGACGCUCGAGGUCUACACGGCAGCCGGGCUCGAGUACGAGCACGUCGGCUCUGCGGUGGUGCCGCUCGCUGCGCUUGCCGACGAUGCGUCUGGCAAGGCAAAGCACCACGCGCUCGAGGUUACAGCGCUGAGCAGCGGCAAGGUUCUGGGCUCGCUGCGGAUGUCGCUGCGGCUGCUGCGGCCGAUGGCGGAGGCGCUCGCGCUCCACCAGAAGCGGCGGUCACUGAUGAGCGUGCUCGACCCGGCCAAGGCCGUCCAGAGCUCUGCGGCGCAAAGCCGGAUGCUUGCGCUCGCCACAGCCCGCUCCCUCGAUCUCCGGGUCAAUGUCCUCUCGCUCCGGCUCAACAAGGCACGUGGAAGCUCGGCGCAGCCUGUUCUCUACUACCAGCUGUUCAACACCGAGCGGACAGCGCUUCAGCUUGCAGCGCUGGCCGACGCCGACGAGCCUGGCGUCUACCGCAUCGGAGAGCUCGCCGAGUUUCCGCUCAAGGCCACACCCGAGCUGCACGCCUACCUAGCCGCACGCGAGCUCGAGUUCAUCCUUGUCGACGCGGCCGACCCACGGCUCUCGUCGUACAUCGGGGUGGCUAGCGUUCCGCUCGCCGGCCUUGUUUCGACCGACGCCAGCGGACAGGUUAUCCUUGGCUCGUACGCGCUCUACUCAAGCGAGGGCGUCGCGAUCGGCGAGUUGGCGGUUGACAUCCAGUGGGGCGCGCACUACGUGGCACCUCGGGAAGUGGGUGGUGCUGGCAGCAAGCAUGCUGCGGGGCGGGUCCAUGCGGCGCAAAAGGCGGUUCUUGGCGAUCGGCUGGCAAGCACGCCGGACAAGGGCGUGAGCGCGGCCGCGUCGACAGUCAAGGGCCAGACCGAGGCUCGCGGCGACGACGACGACGACGCCGACGUCCUCGACGCACCGUACUUUGACGAGGCCGAUCGGUACCAUCCCGAGGCUGACGCGGCGCUGGUAGCGGCUGACGACAAGGUCGUGGUCGAGGUGGGAGGCGUGAGCUUUUGCGACACGCCCGACGCGCUUGGCAUUGCCGGCGAGCUCGUCCUCAUGUACGCCUUCCUCGACGAGUGGGUCGAGGCGCUCCCGGUUGACUCGUCGGUCGAUGCGCAGGCGCAGGCGUCGUCGUUUGCCUUUGGCCACUCGCGGGCCUUCCCGGUCCGGCCGGGCACUUCUGCGGCGGCCGAGCUCGAGGGCGAGUGCUCGCCCGAGAUUCUCGGUGAUCCGCAGUCUGAGUUUGGCGUCUUUGAGUUUACCCUCCUCUCGGUCACAUCGCCCGAGGCACAGACGGAGAUCGGCCUUGCGGUCAUCCCCUUCAAUGCCAUCAUCAAUGGCGGUGACGUUCAGGACGUGGACCUCGACGUUGUCUCCAUCGCCACCGACGCACCCAUCGGCACUCUCACCGUCUCUAUCACCGCUGCCUCGGUCCUCCGCGGCGCCGCCAAGCGCGCCGCCUCCACCUAGCCUGUUGGCUGCAGUCACUCCCAGCAACUGGUAGAUCUCAUCCCGCCCUUUGCGUAAACAUCCAUUCAAACGUGC